AUGGACCCUGGCAUCGAACCUGUUAGGGGAGCAGAAUCAGCCAUUCCAGUUGGAAGCCAAGAGCGGCCACUGAACAUGAUGGAGGAGAAUUGUGGAAGUUGUGUGGAUCGACCAUUACGAUUGUUGGUUGGCUAUGAGCAGCGACCUACUGGAAGAGUCUGCGAUCUUUGCAAAGCCUUUUCUGGCAGAUCCGAUGAGGCAGAGGGAAGAGGCAGUGGUGCGGUGGUUUGGCGAAGGCAAUGUGGUAGUUUCAGUGAAGCCAGUGCGGUGGUUCCGGUGAUAGUAGUACAUUGGUUCAAUGGUGGUGUAACUUCAAAUGACGUAUCGGUAGAGUUGGGGUUGGUAGCUAGAUGUUUAAGUUGGUCUAAAAAGAAAAAAAGACGUGCCCUAACCCUAUCGUAUCCAAUUAGCUUUCUCGCAUAUGUUUCUCUUGCUCUCUACCUUUGGCGACUACAACCGGAGAACAACCGACAACGCUCCUCCCCAUCUCCAUCUUCUGCCGUCUCCACCGCAAUAUGUGGCACGUCAUUUUGGCUACAUGCUUUACACAGGCCAUUUCAAAUGCUUUACACUAGUGAUUUUCACAAGAGGUUUUGGUUGAUCAAAUGGCAUUUUCGCUACCAAAAGAUCCGAGCUUCAAAGCAGCAUUAACAGCCGCAAUUUUGGAAGAAUGGUUCAAACAAAAUCACUUACAAAAGUGCUUGUUUUGGUGGCUACUAGCCACUCCUUUGGUCGAUUUGAAAAUAUUUUAAUAUGCUUCGAAUUUUGUAGGAUUUUAUUUGGUUUUGGAUUUAAAAAUUUUUAUAUUUAUU